AUGAAGCUCUCGAUUCAGAAGACCGCUGUUGACCUGGAUAUGUCGAUCGGGACUGUCCACAUCAUUAUGACGAAAGACCUGGGAUACAAGCCGUACAAUAAACGCAAGGUUUACGGGGUAACGGAGGCUGCAACAAAGAAGAAGCUGGAUAGAGCCAAAUUGAUACUUCCGCGGCACGCAGGUCAGGAGUUCGUGUUUUCUGAUGAGAAACUCUUUGUUUUGCAACAGCCGUACAAUAGCGCUUCAUCGGUGAUAGUAUGGGAGGCCAUAUCAUGGCGUGGAAAGCUCCCAAUGGUGUUUAUCGAGAGAAUCGUGAAAAUCAACGCGGUGUACUAUAAGACCGAGGUUCUGGAGAAGGUUGUGGCCCUGGCAUUUCAGGACCUCUACGGGAAGGAUCAUUACGUCUUUCAAUAUGACGGCGUACCGAUCAACACGGCGUAG